GUGCUGUCAAAGGACACGUGACUGAGAGAGCUGCAGCAGGGAAAGGAAGCAUGGACUAAACUGUUCUGUCCUCUAUUUUUCCAUUACAGUGGCUGUUUGGAAUUCUUCCGGGGGGCUUGUCUUCCCUUAUUUGGAGCACUUACAGCAUCAAUCUGAAUCUGUGAUCGGAGCAGUGGUUGUGUGAGAAGAGCAUCGCAUGUUUAACCCUAUAGAUUUUAACCGAAAACCUGGUACAGGCAGUAUUCAAGCUGCUAUAAUGGGCUUAACUUAGAUCUGACAGCCAAUGAGAUGAGUCCCCUCAGGCAAUGCUUUAUGAUACUUCUUCACUGGAUAAGCUUCUGGCUGAAAUAUGUUCUCACAAGAGUUUGGGGAGCUUUUCCAGCAGUCAAAAAUCAGAUAGCAUCUCAGGGUAUCACAGAUAGACGAUCAUGCAAGGCAGACUCAGAGGAGUGGAAAACUAAUGAGGCACUUCGCACAUAUCACUCUGGAGAUGAAGACGAAACCAGGGUUACGGUCCAAACCAGCACAUGUGCAUUCCAUGUCGACCUUGGGAGACUAUCAGAGUGCAGCGAGUACUUCCGAGCCUUGUCCCAGUCCAGAAUGAGAGAGACCUCGGAGAGCCACAUCCACCUGGACCACGUGUCCUCUUCUGUCUUCCACAAUCUCCUCGAGUUCUCCUUCCAUGAUAAGUUUAAAGUCCCUCAGGAGGAGUUGGGCACACACAUCCAGGUCAGCAGCUAUCUCCUGGCUGAGGCCUUCCUCUCAAAGUGUCUCUCGGUCCUGGCAGAUGAACUCAGCCCAGGUAACUGUUUGUCUUACCUGAGUCUGGCUCAGGAGAUCUGCUGUGAGGAGCUGAGGAUGACAGUGUUCACCUACCUGAGUAGAAACCUGCUGGAGCUGCCUCACCUCAUCAAGUGUCUGAACGAUGAGGAGAAGGUUGAAGUCGUCCACCUGAGGAAACAAGGAGACCGACGUCUCUGCAGCCUCAGGAAAGAGAACCUGACUUCUUGGAAAGACCCGGAAACAGAGCGUGCCCGAUAUAUCUUCACCCUGAGAGGGUCAGAGGACAGUGGAGAUUGGUGUCCAGUUACAGAGCUUCCCUUCAGGGCUGAUAAGUGGUGUUUCACUACAGUGGUCCUAUAUAACUACCUGUACAUAAUAGGAGGCUACCGACAGCCUGUGAAGAGAGGCUGGGAGUUCAAGAUGGCCUCCUUAAGGUAUAAUCCCUUCACUCAUACGUGGGCUGCCACAGCUCCUCUGAUUAAGCACAGAAGGCACUUCAGUGCAGUGGCCUGUGAAGGCUGUAUUUACGCUGUGGGAGGCUGGUACUUGGACUCACUGGUGACCCCAGAUUCCAGCACAGCUCUCUACACAGCUGUAGAACGCUAUGAUCCAUGGGAGGACACAUGGAGGUUUGUCUCCUCACUGCCGCUCACUGACUUCCAGUUCACCAUGUCCUUGUCCCAUGAUGUGCCCCUUGCCACUAGCCUUGGACACUGUCUCUAUGUGUUGGGGAGCAUCCAGAGGACAGGAGAGAAAUUGCUGCUGCAGUAUAACACAAGGCAAGACUCCUGGUCUGAACUGCUUCCCACCCUCACCAGAGCAGAUGCAGACCUCCCUACUCUUUACUUCCUGGGUGCCGCCACUGACAGGCUGCUUGUGAUUGGUGGGAACAACUCAGAAAAUGUGGUGACAUCAUUUUGUGUGCAGUCACAGAGAUGGGGACAGGUGCACAGCACCGAGAAAGUGGCGUUUGCAGGACAGGGGACAGUUGUAGGUGACCAGGUCCUGAUGCCAAGUAUACAGCAUAACACUGUUGCAAGUAUGGACCUCAACACUCUCUCCCUCACAGUUCUUCCUCCUCUACCCAUCUUCACCCGCUAUGAAGCUGUCUUUUAUCUUCACUUUUAAUAUUAUAGCUAACUUUUUUUGCUAUCCUGCACAUAUGAUGUGAUUGUUUUGCAGCUGAAUGUAGGUUAAGUCUCUCUCAAACAUAAGGAGAUAAACUCAGGUGGAUUAUCACUCUCAUCUCUUGUGUUUAGCUUAACGUUAAUUUGUAAAUAGGGUUGGGUAGUAACAGAACACAUGUCAUUGGGAUUAUGUAAUUAAAUGACAAAAAAUAUAAGUAUUAUAAUCAGCCCAUAUUAUAUUAAAAAUAUACAACUGACCUAUGGCUAAGCCACGCCCCCCUCCACAACAUUCAGUGACCGACACUAUGGCAGGUGUCACAGUACACGGAAUUUCGCAGGAGGCAAUUGGUGAUUUUUGGGGACAUAACGAUCAGAUGUCAUUGAGAAGUAACCAAAAGGGCCUAAACUACGCAUUGGAGGGAUAUAUCAUUUUAUUGUUGAGAAGGUCGAUGAAAAGCUUAAAUUACAGGCCAAAAUUUACAGAUCACAGUGUACGCUUGUGAACCACAUCUCGUUGCCGUCGCCAUCAAAGACAAGAAGUUUAAGUGCCACUGAAGUUAAGGUUUUUGGCUCAGAAUAUGAGAAAAGGAUAACAGCCUUUUUACCAUCUUUACCAAGAGUGUCUCUCCGUUAGUUUGGUGCUACAGUAUUUACACUGAAUUAUUCAGCAUACCGUUUGCCAACCUUUGUUAUCUCUGUGAUUAUAGAUAAAUUAAUGAAGCUAAACUCCAGAAGUUAACGUUAGCUUAACUAGAGCCCUUUGGACAACAGCUAACAAUGAUGUACGAUCACCAAAGUACAAAAAAUAGAACAAAACAGGCUAAUGAACUCCCAGCAAACAAGGUGACAUGAUGAACAACGCAGCUAGGAGCUAACAUUAGGCUAACUUUAGCUAACGUUAGCUAGAGAUGUUAAAGAUAACUUUAUAUUUCUUUCCAGCAAAGUGAGAAUAUGUUGCCUCAAACACGAUGUUGUCUUACCUGAGAAUAGAUGAAGACAUCAUUGUUAAUCUUAUUCACAUUGAGUUGAUGUUGUGGUCUACCGUUACCACACAACUUUAUCCAAAGGAGACAUUUUUCACGGUGUAAAAAAUACACCUCGUCGCCCAGCCUCUCAGGAUACUUUGUGUAGGAGUUGCAUGUACCCCAUGCACACCGUUUGACCAUUUUUAAACUUCAAAUCUCAGAAAAAGCUCAUAAAACCGAACAAAACUGACUUUCUGUAAUGCAUUUCAAUGGACGUCCAGGCAGAGAAUGUCCGAGUAUAUGGGAAUUGUGAUUGGCUCAUUGUGUUUGAGGGCAGGACUUAGCCAUAGGUCAAUUAGAUUAAUAUAAUGUCAUGGAUUACUUGAUCACAUUUUAUGACGUCUUUAAAAUGCGAUCAUUUUAAACUCUGAAACUUUUUUCAUGAUAACAAACAUUAUUAAGUCAUGAAAAGCACAUCAAAAACACAGGGUUUCUUGGACAAGUGCCCCAUUUUGUGGUGGUAAUUAAUUAGGGUCAUUUGAUUUGAACAACUGUAAAUGCUAAAUAUGCAAAAUGUGUUUUAUUUGCAUUGAAAAUGUUUUUAGAUGUUUAAAGAAAAAAAGGCUUUUUGUGGAAUUCAGGUUUUUGUGGCUGCAUCCAUUUUUUUAGUGUCUGGUGCAAUGCUUUCAGUGUUUGAUUCUGAAGUAAUCCGUAUUCAGAUUAGAUUACAUUUUUUUAAAUAGUCCAGUUGAAUACAUUACUGAUUAUAAAAAUUGUCACAUAAUAUGUAUUCAGUAACAUUUCAGUCUGGUAGACUACAAUUAGAUUUAUACAUAAGAAUAUCCAGAGAACCUCUGGGAGAAAAGAAUAGAAGAGUAUAGAGAAUUUAACUUGACUUUAUUGUGAAUUACUUUUAACCAUGGUUGGAAUUUGGUACCCAUUAGAUGGAUUUGCUGCUGUAUAUUCUGUAUACACAUAGGCUAUUCUCUGCUGUUCUCCCUGGUAUCUGAGAUUCAAAAUCUCAAAAAUGUCAAUGAGAAAAAAUAGAUUUUUCUUGGUCAUGUAUGAAUAAGGAAUGAAAUGUAAGAUCCACUACACUAGAGUUUGAUGCCCCACUUUGUUUAUUUUUUGUUUUGUUGUUUAAAUUAAAGACAUUUCCUUUUUUCCUGUUUAUAUGUUUUUGUGGGAUUUCAAGGAAUAACUUUGCCCACAAAAUGACAGUUUGUACAUCAGUUAGUUAUGCUGUGUCACCUUACAUUUGUGAGGAACACUUUUUUUGCAUGCCUCCACAGUGAACAGAGAACAUGUUGAUUUAUUGAUUAAUUUGGGGCCACAUUUAACAACAACAAAACUAUAUCAAAACAUCUAUUAGCAAACUGUCACACAACUUGUGCAAAAAUGCUAGCUAAAAAAAUAAAUAAUAGGGUCUGGCUUUGAUGCAGGGGUGUCAAACAUACGGCCCAUGGGCCAGAACCAUCCCGCCAAAGGGUCCAAUCCAACCCACUAGAUGACUACACUAAGAGGGGCCAGGUUUCAGGAGCAAGUUAAACAACGCUUUGCUUACUUCAUGGAAAAUAUUGGAGCUUAUGUAACUUAUAGGUUAUUGUGUGAUGGUUUUAUUGGCCCGCACCAUCUGAGAUCAAAUUGGGCUGUAUGUGGCCCAUGAACUAAAAUGAGUUUGACACCCCUGCUUUGAAGAGACCAUAGCUAAGUUUCACUUUCCUAGCAGUUUUAAUUGUAAGGUUUUAGCAAAAUUGCAUGUGUUUGUGAAGUACCGACCAUAUGACUGGAUAAAUGAGACUUGGAUCAUACUGCGGGGAGUUGAGUGAGUGUUUGAAAACUGAUGUUUUAUAUAGUUUCUCUGUUUUUAAAGAUGGUCCCCAAACAAACAAUGAAUUAAAAUGUCCGCUGUUUUCCAUGAAGACAUGCGAGAGAAAAAAUUGUCUUCAUGAAUUUAAGGCAACACAGCAUGACUAACUGAUUUACGAAUGGUCAUUUAGAAAAGUAAGAGGAAGAAAACACAUUUUGUCUUCUCUUAACAAAAACCAUUCAAUCCCAUUUUGUAACCCACAUUUGGGGCAAAGUCACAAGCUUAAAUCUGCUGAUAAUAAUCUGAGAGUUGUGUGCUGUUCCUAUCACACUACUACAUUUCUAUUAUCACAGUUUAAUACUGCUUGCACUCUCUGGCACUGGAAAGGAAACGUCACAUUACUCCAGUUACGUCCUAACACAGCACUGCAGCAGAUUCAGUUACAUAGCAUGAGACCUCAAGCCACAUGAGGUUAGGCUCUGUCUAUGUUUGGUGUCUUGUUACAAAAAAAAAAAGCAUGUCACGGGUGAGAG